AUGGUGGAAAACAGCCAAUUUCUUGAUCUAGAGAACGUCGACGCCGUUCUUUUGACUGGAAGCAAACACGAUGCUUGGGCUGAUGAUCAGUGGAUCCGUGAUCUCACAAGCAACAUUCGUGAGACCGUUUUAACAAAUAAGAAGCCGGUGGUUGGGAUUUGCUUCGGACAUCAAAUUCUUGCGCGGGCGCUGGGAGCCCAAGUUGGAAGAAACGAAGCUGGAUGGGAGGUUUCUGUCGAGAAGCUUGCCCUGACUGAGGCUGGGAAGAAACUGUUUGGAAAGGAUACACUGAGCAUUCAACAGAUGCACCGGGAUAUUGUCUUUGAUGCUCCAGGCGGUUACACAAAUCUCGCUACAAGUCCAAAAUGUGAAGUUCAGGGUCUUUACUUGCCCAAGCGAGUGCUGUCGGUACAAGGACAUCCGGAAUAUAAUGAAGGUAUCAUGUCGUGUCUGCUCGAAGCCAGACAUGAUAAUGGGAUAUUUGAUGAUAAAUUGUACAAGGAUGGUUUAUCGCGAGUGGGUGAUUCCCAUGAUGGGUGGUUGAUAGCAAAGGUAGUUGCAAGAUUCAUACUAGAUGCGAAGACCGAGUAG